AUGGAUUGCUUGAAGUUACUGGAAACUCUGGAUGUAUUCGGCUGUGCCGGUAUUUGCAUAAGUACUGAAAGUUCGCAGCUGCUGCAGAAUUCGCUGCUCAUUUUGCAAACGGAAAAUCACUUUAAAAAAUGUUACUAUUGGGGCAGAAUUCAUGGGCUACAGAAUGAUUACCAUAUCGCGUUCGGUUUCGAAAAGGAUUGCAUGAACGGUCAAAUAUAUUAUUACAGUACAGAUGGGAUGAAUUGGCUCUUGCUGCCUAAAGCGACGAAAUACGACGACUUCCUGAGUCCCUUGGCAAUUAAUAAAUUCGAAGGCGAUCCGUCCAUUGUUAUAAAUGUUUAUGAUGCCAAUCCACCGUUUCCACCGAAUGAGGAUCCCCAGACUUAUUAUGAUGGCCCUCUGCCGAAGGAAUUAAAAGAAGAGGAUCGUCUUGCAGCCACUGUAGAAUUUAUCACUCAAGAUGCUGCAAUCAUUCCGCGAGGGGCUUGGUUCAAGUGUCCGAAUGGUGACGUGAUUGAGAAUCCAAGUUUUGGGGGUCUAUGUGCAUUAGACGCCUCGCAGCUAAAAUCCUACUUGCAUGCUCGUCUCCCGAAGGAAAAAUGGAACGUGAAUUUAUUAUCCCGACCUGAUUACAAUUAUGCGUUGGAUUUUCUGGAUAGCAUAGAUCUGGAUGUUCCUCAAGAAUGUUGGAAUCUGCAGUGUCUGCUGGGCGGUCGCCUGAUUGUUCUACAUAGUCUAUAUUGGCAGGGAAUGACUUUCUUCCAUAGGGUGAAUUCUCCGCAUUAUGGAUUUUUAUACGUCGGACAUGGAAAAAAGAAUCUAGAUCUUCCAUUCAUGAUCUAA